AUGACCACCCAGGAGGCGAUGGAGCACCAACAUCACCAUUUGGGUGGUUCGCAAACCCCCCAUGAUAUUUCCAACUCGGCGAAUUCGACACCAACAAAUGUUUCGUCGAAAUCGGCCUUUAUAGAAUUACAACAGCAUGGCUAUGGAGCAUUCAAGGGAGGUUAUCAGCAUCCUCACCAUUUUGGAAGUCCUGGGGGCCAGCAGAAUCCUCACGAGGCGUCAGGGUUUCCCAGUCCUAGGUCCUUAGGUUAUCCUUUCCCUCCCAUGCAUCAAAACACGUAUGGUUAUCAUUUAGGGUCUUAUGCUCCACAAUGUGCCAGUCCGCCUAAAGAUGAGAAAUGUGGUCUCUCCGAUGACCCGGGACUCAGGGUAAACGGCAAGGGCAAGAAGAUGAGAAAGCCGAGAACGAUUUACUCCAGUCUGCAACUGCAACAGUUGAACAGGAGGUUCCAAAGGACUCAAUACCUCGCCCUGCCCGAGAGGGCGGAACUUGCGGCGAGUUUAGGGUUAACUCAAACGCAGGUGAAGAUUUGGUUCCAGAACCGACGCAGCAAAUACAAGAAAAUGAUGAAGGCGGCGCAAGUCGGAGCGCCACCUCCAAGCCUCGGUCUACCUCCUGGCAGCCCGCCUAGCAAUAACCAGUUAUUACAUGGUGGCGGUGGCAGUUCAAGUGGAUCCCAGCAUUCGCCCUCAGCGUACCAGAGCGGGGGUCCUACGCAAGCCCACUCUCCAACCCCUAGCUCCACGCCGGUCUCCGAGCUGUCACCUGGGCUGUCUCCCACGGGGACUCCGUGGGACGUAAAACAACCUCCACAACCCUCUUGGGAUGUAAAGGUUGGAUAUCCAAAUGCUGGUCGCUCGCCAGAUGCCUCAUGCGAUGUGAAGCCUCCACAUCAGCAGUCGUGGGACCCUAGGGUCGGAUACGGCGCGCCACCUGGCCCUUGGGACAUGAAGGGCGCGCACGCCCACGCUCUGCACCACCAGGGUGCGCCGCAACCGCACCCGCCCUACGUGCCGCAGUACUCCUGGUACCAAGCCGACGCCAACCCUGGACUUUUGACGGUUUGGCCCGCAGUGUAA